ACUCGAUUAAACUGCAGUGCCCCUAUCGGACAACGCCGAUACUGCACCCAGCGCUGCUGAAUCAGAAGGAGGCGUGUUGGAUUACUGCGCUGCAUUAGCCGUUGGCUAACAGAAUACAACUUUAGUUUGUGUUGGUGUGUUUAUAAAACAGCAGCCGUGCCCCGCCGUGCCCCCACCCCAAGCGGUGCCGUCAUGUGGCAGGAGGCCCGCAAACAUGAGCGCAAGCUUCGGGGUAUGAUGGUAGACUACAAGCGCCGUGGUGAACGCCGGCGAGAGUACUAUGAGAAAAUAAAAAAAGAUCCGGCUCAGUUUCUGCAGGUUCAUGGCAGAGCCUACAAGAUCCACCUGGAUCCUGCUGUGGCGCUGGCUGCAGAAAGCCCUGCAAACAUGAUGCCGUGGCAAGGAGACGCCAACAACAUGAUCGACAGAUUUGACGUUAGGGCUCAUCUGGACUACAUCCCCACCUACACCCCCCCUCUGCUCAGCACAUCCACGCCAGAGCAGGAGAUGGAGGAGAGGAAGUGCAACUAUGAGCGCUACCGAGGUUUGGUGCAGAAUGACUUUGCCACCAUCUCAGAGGAGCAGUGUUUAUACCAGAUCUACCUGGACGAACUCUAUGGAGGCUUGACGAAACCAAACGAAGAGGAGAAGAAGAAAUUGGCCGAGAAAAGAGUGACUAUCGGCUACACGUAUGAAGACAGCACUGUGCCAGAGCCCAACCAGCAUUCAGACAAAGACGAGGACAAUUCAGAGAAUAGUGAUUCAGAAGAGGACGAGGGCAUCCCUGACAUCGAUGUGGAGGUGGAUGUCGACGAGCUGAAUCAGGAGCAGCUAGCCGACCUAAACAAAAUGGCAACUUCUUACGGAAUGGCUGAUGGCGACUUUGUCAGGAUGUUAAAGAAAGACAAGGAGGAAGUGGAGGCCAUCAAACACGCCAAAGCCCUGGAGGCGGAGAAAGCCAUGUACUCUGGACGUCGCUCUCGCAGACAACGGAGAGAGUUCAGAGAAAAACGCCUGAAAGGUAGACAGAUUAGCCCGCCAAGUUAUGCCAGAAGAGACAGUCCAACAUACGAUCCAUACAAACGCCCAGAGUCGGAGUCCAGCUCUGAGUCCCGGUCACGCUCUCGUACCCCCGGUCCGGAGAAGAUCACCUUCAUCACCAGCUUUGGAGGCAGCGAUGAUGAAGCUGCUGCAGCGGCUCAAACUGCCACCUCUCACUCUGGCCACGCCCCCUCCAGCUUGCAGCACUCUGCAGGUCAUAACAGGGGCUCCCGGAGGCGAAAGUCAUCCUCCAGUCGUUCUCCCUCCUCUUCCUCCCGUUCAUCAUCUCGCUCCUCAUCGCGCUCGUCUUCUCGUUCCCAUCGAGCCAGACGAGGGCGUGGGAGAAGGGAUGGACGUCGCUCCCGGAGUCGCUCGCGGUCAAGACGGCGUUCCAGAUCUUACUCCAGAGGCAGAGGGGGCAACGGUUCUUACAGGAGACGUGACCGAACAAGAUCCCGCUCCAAUGACAGGACCCGAGACCGGGAAAGGGACAGGAGACGAUACUCGGCACGUAAACGAACAAGAUCUCGAUCCAGCUCACGUCGGAGAAGCAGCUCCCGCCGAGGGGGCCAGAGCAGUAGAGGGUAUCGCCGGGGAGACAGUCGCAGUCAAAGUCGCAGUCAUAGUCGCAGUCGCAGCCGCAGCCCCUCUCAGUCUCCCACCCGAGCAGCCCACAGCCCCUCCCCUGCUCACAGAGCUUCCCAGCCUGCUGCCACCGCCGUCUCUGACAAGCUGAGAAAGCCUGACACUCCGGGUGGUAAAGAGACGGGAGCUGCCAAACCAAAGCUGACCCCCCAGGAGAAGCUCAAGCUACGAAUGCAGAAGGCGCUCAACAAGCAAUCCAAGGCGGAUAAGAAGGCUGCUCAGGAGAAGAUCCAGCAGCAGGAACACAAGCGACAGGAGCGAGAGGGAGAGCUGCGAGCCAUGGCACGCAAGAUCCGCAUGAAGGAACGCGAGCGGCGUGAGAAAGAAAGGGACGAAUGGGAAAGACAGUACGGGCGGCAGAGCAGCUCACCGUCUCCUUCCAAAUAUGGCCGAGAACACAGCUCACACAGAAGGAGAUCACGGUCUCGGUCACGAAGUCCAUACUACAGAUACUGAAAUACUUGGUGGAAAAAAGGAGCUCAUCCCACAGACCCUGCAGCCUCUAACAUCUGUGCAAGCAGCAGAAUACUGCAUGGAAACUGAGUGACUGAUUGUUGUCAAUAAGUUGAAAAAUAAAAGCCGGACACCCGAAACUACAUUUACAAAGCAUAAACACUUAGCAGUGAUUUAUUAGAUUCAUGGAUAACUAUUUUGUGGCCUUAGUGAGGCUUUUUCCCCUCCUCUUCUCAAUCACAGUUUGCUUUAUCUCACUUUCUCCACCUCACUCACGCUUCUUACAUUUUUCCAGUUCUCUUAAAAACAUUUCAGUUCAAUGUAAGUUACAAACGUGUAAUUUUCAGUGACAAGCGCUAAACCCCUUUUUAACUGGUUUAAUGUACUGAUUUACAUAUUCUGGAACUGUUUUAAUGAAAACCAAUGAGUUUUGUACUCUGUUCUCAGCCGGUUUAUAAAAAAAAGAACUUUCGUUCUCACUAAUGUCAAUGUACAAAACAGAUUGACGAAUAAAAGUUGAUUAAAAAUUA